CGGGUGACCACUGUAGCUGCUAAGCGCGAGUGAGUGGAUCGAGCUUUUAUGCAUUACCGUGAGUAUAUAGAAGCGAGUUGGCGAACAAGCGAACAUACGAGAGAAGGACGACGUUACAGUUCAUGCCUAUCAGCAGUCGAGGCAGAGAUGAAGAGUGAGCGUGCGUCUGAAGUCAGGAGAACUCGAUUAAAGAUGGCGACGUCCGGGCAUGUGCUGUCAUCGCUAGUCGUCAUUCUACUGGCCUGCCAGUCUCACGCGAUGGAUAUCGCUUCAUGCAACGAACCAUUGGGAAUGUCUAAUGGCAACAUUCCAGAUCUCCAUAUCACAGCAAGUUCAACACAUGAUCACGGUAGUGUGGGACCACACAAUGCCAGGUUGCGUCAGGAGCUGAACGGUGGUGCGUGGUGUCCGGCGAAUCUCAUCAUCAAAGAUUCGUACGAAUACCUCGAGAUCAACCUUGAAGGUCCGAAGGUCGUCACCGUUAUCGAGACUCAAGGUCGUUUCGGUAACGGUCAAGGUCAGGAGUACGCGGAGUCGUACAGACUGGAGUACUGGCGGCCGGGAAUGGACAAGUUUGUUCACUUUCGGAAUCGGAACGGGGAGGAGCUGUUUCCGGGCAACUCUAACACGUACAUAGGCGUCAGCCGCGAGGUAGAUCCGCCCAUAACAGCCAGCAAGCUGCGCAUCAUCCCAUUCAGCGAAUACAAACGCACCGUCUGCAUGAGAGUGGAGAUAUAUGGAUGCCCCUGGACAGAGGGAAUCAUAUCAUAUGGCAUGCCGCAAGGAGAGAAGCGGGGUUCAGAGAUAGACCUCUACGACAAGAUCUACGAUGGUCACGAAGAGAACCACUAUUUAUACGGUGGCCUCGGUCAACUCGUCGAUGGUCAAAAGGGUCCCGACAACUUUAGACUGGACAUUCGUGGUCAGGGGAAAGGUUACGAGUGGGUAGGAUGGAGAAAUGACACGGGCAUUCAAACUCCUAUUGAGAUUAUCUUCACGUUUGAGAAAGUACGGAACUUCUCGACCGUGGCGAUCUAUUGCAACAACCUCUUCAGCAAGGAUGUUCAGGUGUUUUCCACUGCGAAGGUGUAUUUCAGUGUUGGUGGAAAGCAAUACCAAUCUUCGCCCAUCAUCUUUAGCUACAUGCCAGACACAGAAUCACCCACGCGCUUACAUACCCAAACACCCGCUCACGUACGCGCAUGCGCUCAUGUCACCUUUACAGAACCGGCCGUAGGUAACUUCACGAUAGAAGGCACGGAAUACCCGAAGACGUACGUGGACAGUGGCGGCAUCAUCGUUAGGGAGCAGCCGCAUCAUGACAUGCCCGUGCACACGCGAGAUGGGUCUUCUCCUGGUGAUGGAUCGACGCAUCCAUCAGUGACGUCGAACAAGGAGAAGGAUGCUUUUCCUGAUAAGUACAUCGGCAUCAUUGUCGGCGUGCUGGGAGCGCUGCUGAUGCUCAUAUUGCUCGUUGUCGGCCUGAUCAUGAUCCGCCGGACGCUGCGCCGUAAGAUCAACAACAACAUGCUGAAGGAGAAACGAAUCACCAUCAACAUGAAGGAUAUGACGAUGAAUAUCGCAUCGCGCAACUCAAACGGGAACUUGUACGGCAGCGUCGCGCUGGAAGACCCGGAGAAGCCGAUAUAUCAGGAUCCGGAGACGGUUGUACAGGGCCGCAAGCUGCCCGAACCACCGAAGCACAUGAUUCCGUACGGAACCAUGCCGGCGGACAUGAGCCCGGAGUUUGCCGCUAACAUGGUCAGUGAUCUGCCCAUGAAAUAUGACAUAAGCACCAGCAGAAAACUUCCCCCAGCCCCGCCCAGAGUUCCCCAACGAAUAGAAUCGCGAGACAUGCCCAUUUCAAGAGAGUAUGCCAUCCCAGACCUUGCCAAGGCGAAUGGUGUCAACACAGUGAAUGGUAUCAACAAGACCCUACCAACUAAGAUGAUCAUGCCUCCCAAGCCAAGCGAAGUUCUCGCUCAGCACUAUGCCGAAUCGGAACUAUUCAAGAUACAGAAUAUUCAAGGGGUGAGCGGCAACUGCGUGUAUGCCGUGCCCGGAGACGUCAUUCAUUGUAAAGAAGAGGUGCCUGUGCCGGAGUUUCCACGACAGAACCUACAUUUUGUAGAGAAGCUGGGAGAGGGUCAAUUCGGAGAGGUUCACCUGUGUGAAGCAGAGGGAAUGUCCCAAUUUGCUGACGUACCCUGUACUCCGACUAGCUCAUGUCUCGUUGCUGUCAAGCUACUCAGAAAAAAUGCUACAGACACCGCUAGGCAGGACUUCAUGAAGGAGGUUCGCAUCAUGGCCAAGCUUCAGGACCCGAACAUCGUGCGCGUGCUCGGCGCGUGCAUGAACACCGACCCGAUCUGCGUCAUCGCCGAAUACAUGGAGAACGGAGACCUCAACCAGUUCCUACAGGACCACGACUACGAAGACAAGAUGACGGAAGCCACCGGAGUACAGACAUUGGACUACGGAACCUUGAUCUACCAGGCCACCCAGAUCGCAUCCGGCAUGAAGUACCUGGAAUCGCUCAACUUCGUUCAUCGAGAUCUGGCAACUCGGAACUGUCUCGUCGGCCGACACUACACGAUCAAGAUCGCCGACUUCGGCAUGAGUCGGAAUCUAUACAGCAUGGACUAUUACCGAAUAGAGGGUCGGGCCGUGCUGCCGAUUCGCUGGAUGGCCUGGGAGAGCAUACUGCUUGGUCGAUUCACGACGAAGAGUGACGUGUGGUCGUUCGCCGUCACUCUGUGGGAGGUUCUGACCUUCGCGCGCGAGUCUCCCUACGGCAUCCUCAACGACGAGGAGGUCAUCGAGAACGUCGGCAACUUCUACCGCAACGAGGGCAAGCAGAUCUACUUGCCGCAGCCGACCAUCUGCCCGAAGGAGAUCUACGAUCUAAUGUGCGAGUGCUGGCAGCGCAACGAGUCGGAGCGACCCAACUUCAGAGAGAUCCACCUGUUUCUGCAGCGCAAGAACCUUGGAUAUCAGCCCGAGGAAGUGUCCUGCUAGUUGGCACCACGACUGCGAGGACGUGUUCUAUUGUAGCUGGAGUUACAUGCGAGGACGCGUCUUAUCGUAGCUGGAGUUACAUGCGAGGACGCGUUCUAUCGUAGCUGGGGUUACAUGCGAGGACGCGUCCUAUCGUAGCUGGGGUUACAUGCGAGGACGCGUUCUAUCGUAGCUGGGGUUACAUGCGAGGAAGCGUCCUAUCGUAGCUGGAGAGCAGGUGUACAUUCGAGGAGCUUGGUGAUUGAUUUUGCUCCAUGACUGUGCGCGUGCACGUGGUGAGGCCCAAGCGAGCGUGGCAGAUACUGAUGCUGAGAUAUUGACAGUCGAUUCAUCUGCUCCGGACCUCGCGUGCAACCGAGAGAUUUUGCCGAGGUUUUGUGACGCUUAAAGAGAUCGUUCGUGCGAAAAACUCUGAAACACGUAGAGACGCGAAGAAAGAUAUUUUGAGCUACAUCGUGCAUCUUCUAGAGAAUAGGUCAGCCAUUGUCGUCCUGCACGCACUACGGAGGUCAAACAGCCGUACUCGAGUUAAUAUAGCACUGAUUCGUAGACACGACAGCCGUCCACUGAGCUCGUGGCACAACUGUAACGAGGAGAACUUACACAGCGGUGAAUGGCUGCCAGACAUGGAUACAUGGAAAUCUUGAAGAUCGGUCGACACCAAGCGUGUGUAGUUGGUAAUAUGUUUGACCUGUCCGUUGCUUCACGUAAGAUGGAUCUGUAGUGAUGUUGUAAAUACUUGUGUAUAGAAGAUAAAUUAAGAUAUUUUAUGAUGAAAGUGCAAAGAAUCUAUUCGGGGCGACUUCAAAACAAGGCUUUUCAGGUAAAGCACAGCCAUGAGUAGAAACAUCAGGAAACAAAGGCGUGUUUGCUAGGAUGUGCCAUUGGUUGCUGGUCGCAACAAGAAACGUCUAACAGAAGUGCGGGGGCAGUACGCGUGGUCACAUGUGAUGAUGUCUGUGUGACGCAGGAUUAUAACAGAAAACAUGCGAAUGUUCGCACAUAGAUGGCAGUGCUGUACUGUACGACUGGCAUCUAGCCAUCUCACUCCCCCUUCCCGCCUACACUCAUGCAAACACCACAUCCACACGGUCGCCAUAGCUAGAGUUACAACAUGCGUGACUGGCUUUGCGCAGCCGAAGACACAACUUCUCUCUUGAGUUUCGUGCGUGAAGACACCAAACGCAGUGACCUCUUCAUUACUCUCCCCAUAGCAUCUUAAAGAUGGGUGUCUUUGGAAGCAGAAGCAGAAAAAAAGAGAAUCGUGUGGAAUAGCACAGCACAGUGCAGUGUAGUCAAACAUAUAUAUAUAUAUACAUAUAUAUAUAGAUAUAUAUAUAUAUCGUAUACACAUAUAAUAUAUAU